GAUGACUUCAAACUUGAAAAUGCCACCGUCACACAUGGAAAUGGAAACACGCACUUUGUUAGUUUCCCUUUUCCCUCUCUCUACUUCUCUUUAAAAAACGGUUACUGCGUCCAUUCUUCAUAUCUACUGCUUCUUUCCAAUCUCUCCAUUGGAAAUAAUCAGCCAUGGAAGCUGUUAACGGGAAGCUUGAUAAAGGGCUUAUGAACCUCAAAUGUUCCGUMCAGAAUUACGAUUGGGGUCGAAUUGGGUACGACUCGUCGGUUGCCAGGUUGUUUGAAAGGAACUGUGGGGRUCAGAUUGAGGAAAAUAAGCAUUAUGCUGAGUUUUGGAUGGGAACUCAUGUAUCUGGACCGUCGUUUUUGAUCCAGGAAGAAGGGAUUGGGAAUAUGAGUUUGAAGUCGUGGAUUCUGCAAAACCCUAAGGUUUUGGGCGAUGUUGUUGUUGAGAAGUGGGGGCGUGAUGUGCCCUUCUUGCUAAAGGUGCUUUCAGUUGGACGGUCAUUGUCAAUACAGGCCCAUCCUGAUAAGGACUUGGCAAGGCUCCUUCAUAAGUUGCAACCGGACGUAUAUAAAGAUCCAAACCACAAGCCUGAAAUGGCUUUGGCGUUAACAGAGUUUGAGGCCUUAUGUGGGUUUAUUAGUUAUGAGGUAAGCAUAUUAGUCUAA